CAACCCUGGAGAGGAAUUAAAUCUAAAAUUUCCUCUACACUGUCUCCUCAACAUCUAAACUACCUACUACACAUUCUAUGAAGUUCUCUUGACAUCUCGAUAAAUUUGGGCUUGUUUGUCCCUAAUUUCUUUGGAGAGAUAGCCACUAUUUCUCAUCGUCGUAUCAAGUUUCGCUGGCUAGGCAUAUCACAAACAACUCCGGCUAUAAUGUCAAUCAUGAAUCCAUGGGAGGAAAACGCACUCCAAUACCAUUAUCAAGACGAUGCCACUAUUUCAGUGCCAAGUAGCGUCGCUACGAGGCAAAACGACACCGUGCACGACAACAUCAUCUAUCCUGGACUAUAUGCUCCGAGUGGCUUUGAUAUGAUGAGUAUCCUUAUCCGAGUCAUGGCAAGACCAAAUCCGGUCAUCGAUCUUGGCCCCAUAGACGCAUCAUGUGCUCUGAUCAUGUGCGAUCUUGCGCAACGAGAUUAUCCCAUAGUAUACGCAUCGGAGCCAUUCACAGAACUGACUGGUUACACCCAGUCCGAAGUCCUCGGACGAAACUGUCGAUUCUUACAAGCACCCGAUGGCAACGUCCGGAAACGUUCUGUCCGCAAAUACGUGGACAAAGACCUCAUCAAAGCAAUGCGGCAAGCAGUCGAGUCCAACAAUGAGCUAUCUGUGGAAGUCGUCAACUUUAAAAAGGACGGAAAGAGAUUUAUCAACAUGCUGACCAUGAUUCCGGUUCACUGGGAUAGUCCUACGCCGAGGUACUCCGUCGGCUUUCAAGCCGAGAAGACUUGGUAGAUGAGCACGUAAGACUUUGUUGAGGAAUACGUCCAGAAAUUUCGAAGAACGCAGAGUCAAUCACGGAAAGGGGCAGGAAGGCGUUGGGCGUGAAGUUUCAAUUUUUCUAUUUCGAAGUAUGAUACCCCGUCGCCGAUAUAUGCUACUAGGCAUUUACACCGAGAUUUGGUAUUGGGUAGGCUUUUACAUAUAUCCAUGGAUAUCUGCUUUUAGGCAUUGCAUUUG